AUGGGAAGUGUUUUAUUGCAAGCAUUGCCAGAGACUUCUCCGAAAAUGUUCUUGACAUUAAAGAGAUAUCAAGGACUAGCAGCUGAUGGGGGUGGAGAGAGUGAAGGAAUUGCUGGGAUCGCUGGGAUCGUUGGGAUUGCUGGGAUCUGUGGGAUAGAAGGGAUAGUUGGCACUGUUGGUGGUAAUGCUACUUUGGGAACAGAAGGGAUUGUUGGAAUGGUAGGGAUGGUUGGAAUUUUAGGGAUUGUUGGAAUAGUUGGGAUGGUUGGUAUAGAAGGCAAUGGGGGCAUCGUUGCCAGAUUGGGCACCACAGGCAAAGGUGGCAAUUGGCCUCCUGUUGGUAGUGUAGGCAACGUAGGUUUGGGCAACCAUGGAAUGCUUGGUAUUGCCGGCAAUGGAGGUGGAGCAACUGGUGCAGUGUCGAGCAGGUGGCGAGCGGCCAGACAUAUGUUGUUGCUGCUUGGAGAUAAGAGUGUUGUGAGGAGGAACACGUAGAAGAAUGUGUUGGAAGCCAUGACAAUGUGGUAGCUAGAAGGCUUAUUGUGAGAGAAAUAAACUGGGUAUAUUGGUUGAGUGAUGAAGAGAAGCAA